AUGGCAGCUAAGUUCGUCGUACUUGCGUUUUUGGUGGCGGCUGCUCAGGGCAGUGCUAUCCACGGUCAUGGCGCUGAUUACACUAGCUUCUCAUAUGGCGUAUCAGAUCCUCACACCGACAGGACCAAGGAAAAAGAAAAAUUGGGGGCAGGCAAAACAAACAGGAUAGAGGAACCAGGGUACGGAAUAUUGCAAGUUUCAGAAGAGGAAAUGGAUCUCAGACAUUCCAAAAAUAAUGUUUUUAGUCAUUGGUAA